AUGGCUGGAGCCAUCACUGGAACUUGGUUCCCGACUGGAUUUCAUGGACACACACGCAGCAAAUCCCGGAACGAUAUUUUUCAAGAAUACAGACAACAGGCCAAGCCUCCGCCUCCCGAGAAGCUUAUAAAGAGACUCCGGGAGAGCCCUUUGAAACACAACUUUUCCAAACAUGAUAGUCAACGAGUAUUUCAUGACAGUGUCACAUACCUGGAGAAUAACAAGGCUAAAAGUCGGGCGAAAACUGCUUUUGGAAGGAGCAACGAAUUUAAGAAAGAUUUAAUUUCCUGGGUUCCAAUUCAGACUGAGAGACAACAGCAGUGGCCAUUAAUAUCCACAUAUAAAGCAGAUUUCUGGAAUCACAGAAAUCCACAAUCCACAGCGGUGAUGAUUCCUCAGCUGCUGGUCCCACGUGCUCGUCCGUUGAUAACAGCUGACCAUCCUAGAUCAGAAAUGAUGCAAACAACAUAUCGCCAAUUCUACAGCCACUGCCAGCCAAACCCAAAUGUUCAUACAAAUGUCUUUACUGGAGAAGUGCAGAGCGCACCCAUGGAAAAGGAAGCAACAUUUGUCUAUGUGAACCCCAAACCACAGCCAGCAAGUAGAAAAUGGAGAGCAAGGCCUUCAUUGCCACAGUGCUUCACUGUUGCUGACUGUCUUUCUUGGCCUGGCCCAAAAACAGACACAAUGAAUGACUGAAGACUCCAAUUGGAAGAAAUCAGUGCAAGGAGAAAGCAAGUUGCCCCCAGUGUUUGUAUAUAAUCUGAUAUUUCAGAGAAAAAAAAGCAUUUAUUUUCUUUUUUACUUUUGAUUUUUUUCAGUUAAUCCUAGGGAAUAUUAUGAGUGGAAGGUUCACAAACAACCUUCUAGACAUGGAAAAUAAUUUACAAACAGUCCUGAGCCAGCAC